AUGGAUGUGCUCAAUAUCUACAUCCAUCUCCAUCCCAUUGCCAGCACCAGAAAACUCUUCAAAGCUCCAUUUCAUCAAGCGGGAAGCGGCCAAAGUUCCCGCGGAUAUCUUGUGCCGACCGCUCCAACAUCUGCGAGUCGCAAGUAUCUCGGCGUUGGACUUUGGAGUGUCUUCGUUCUUCUACUUCACGUCCUUGUCCUCUCACAAAACGGCAAAAUCGGCUCUUUUGAGGCGGGUUUCCAGCGCCCUUCCCUUAGUGGCGGGAUCGUCAGCCGUGUCUCUCUUUGUAACGACCAGCUCCCCACCGGCUCAUCAGAUGCGUUGCAUCACUCCAAUGCCUCAAGGCGCUGUGCCAACAUUGGCAGUAUCGGCCGCAUAAUACACGUAUUGCUACCAUCAAGUGGAUGCACUGCAAAGUCCGCCACCAGGAGUAAUGGCAGCAGCAGCAGCAAUAUCUGGUCAACAACAUCACAGUCAUCGUUAUACGAGCAACGGCGCAUCAUCCAAGCUUCGAUCCCCAAUGCGUUAAUCUUGGAGUAUGGGCAAUACUUGUACAUGUCGUUGAAUUUUGUUGCUGCUGCCAUCAAGUGA